UGGAGGCGCCCGCACGCAGCCGAGUCGGAGGGGAAGUCGCGGGAAUCGCAUUCAUGAGCUCGACUCUUUCCGCAGAGUUUCGCUCACAAUGGGAGACGGUUCACCGUCUGUCGAUUACAGUAAUGAAUCGCGGCACGGAGCUGUGGAUCUCAGCUCGCCGGGAGCCGGCAUCUCCGAGCAGUGGAUGGUAGGCAUGGGGAUGCUGAUGGGAAUGAUAGUUCUGGUCAUCGUGGUUGGGAAUAUACUGGUGAUCGCUGCUGUAGCCAAGAACCAGAGGCUGCAGACGCUCACUAACGUCUUCAUCAUCUCCCUUGCGUGCGCUGACCUGAUCAUGGGCGUCUUGGUGGUGCCGUUUGGCGCGGUGUUAGUGAUCAGAGACACCUGGCUGUACGGGUCAUUCUUCUGUGAAUUUUGGAUUUCGGUGGACGUCCUGUGCGUUACUGCCAGCAUCGAGACGCUCUGCGUGAUUGCCAUCGACAGAUACAUCGCCAUCACCUCUCCUUUCCGUUACCAAAGUUUGCUCACUAAAGCCAGGGCGAAGCUAAUAGUGUGCGUAGUGUGGGCUAUCUCGACGCUGGUCUCCUUUCUCCCAAUCUUGAUGCACUGGUCGAGGGAUGACAAAGAGACCUCUUGCUAUGACAAUCCCGAAUGCUGUGACUUUGUCACCAACCAGGCUUAUGCCAUAACCUCCUCUAUUAUAUCCUUUUACAUUCCAUUGGUGGUUAUGAUAUUCGUGUACGCAAGAGUGUACCGGGAAGCGAAAAAACAGCUGAGGAAGAUUGAUAAGUGCGAGGGACGGUUUCACAGCGGCCAGGGCGUCCCAAACGGAAAGCCAAACAGAAAAAGACCGUCCAAGAUUCUGGCCAUGAGAGAGCAGAAGGCACUUAAAACGCUGGGGAUCAUUAUGGGCACGUUUACCUUGUGCUGGUUACCCUUUUUCAUCGUCAACGUUGUGCGAGUGUUCAGCGCAGAGGUGGUGGACAGGGACCUCUUCGUCUUCUUCAACUGGUUAGGUUACGUCAAUUCGGCUUUCAACCCUAUCAUUUACUGCAGAAGCCCCGACUUCAGAAAAGCUUUCAAAAGACUGCUCUGCUGCCCGCGACAGGCGGACCGAAGGCUGCACGUCAGCUCCUGCGACCUGUCGCGCUGCUCCGGUGGAUUCAUCAACUCCCUGGAUCUCAGUAUGAUCGGAACCUGGUCGGACUGCAACGGGCUGGAAAGUAGCGACUGCAGCCUGGACAGGAGCGGAAAACGGACCCCUACCGAGUCGCAGCUGUAG